UUUCUCUUUCUUUUAUAUUCAUGCUUUCUCCAUUUUCUGCCCACCAAAAACAAGCAUCCCAAACUGCUCUAUCAUCGUAGAAAGUGAUUUUCAUAGUCAUAGAUCAUUUUCUGCACAUUUCUGCAGGAUGAAGUUGAUCCUGCAAGCUUAUUAGACAUACCUAGGCUUUGCUAAGUUAAUGCUGUUAUGGCUUUUGAAAAUGGUUCCAAAAAGGAGCUUCAGAAAGUUGGUCUAAAAAUCUCCAAGAGCUUUCCUCUUACUAGGACUACUCUGGCAUCUAUGGAGUCUUUGUCCCUGCCAGUGGUUCAGGAAAUUGUUCUUUCUGCUGAUAUGCAAUGUGAGAAGUGCCAGAAGAGGGUUGCUGAUAUUAUUACUAAAAUGAAUGCAGAGACCGAGUCAGUGGUGGUGAAUGUGUUGGAAAAGAAGGUGGUACUUACUUUUAGAUUACCAACUAUUGGUAAAGUAAUCUCACAGCAAAUUACUCCUGUCCCUAAAGUUGCCAUUAUUAGACGGAUAUUUCGAUCUUCACGGAGUUAACAAUGACUUACAACGGAUCCACACGUGCAUAAGAUUCGGUAAACUGAUUAUCCAAUGUACAGCUGAAAGUGUAUUUGUAUUCAUUUGAAUUUGUUUUGUAAUUGCCUUCUGAAUUAGCCACUCCAAGUGUCCAAGUGAUUUUACGUCUGUUUAUUUUAAAGGAAAAUAGAAUUAAUUUUGACAAAAAAUAAGUUUGAGGAAUGUGUAACCAAAUUAAUCUUUUGAAAAGUAAGUGUAUUAAAAUGUGUGCGGUGAGACAAAUUGAUGCCAAGCAGGCAUGGGAUUAUGUAUUAAA